CGUUUCUCGUUAUGUUCAACAACCCUCUUGUUCGUAGGUAAAGUUGGAAACUGCAAGUAGCCGAAGUUUAAUUCUCUGUUUCUAUUUGCUAAGGGCCGGGGGUGGAUAACCACCUAGGUAGGUACUUUGCCGUAGCACUUGACAUGGGCUUAUUAUAUACGUCUCUUCUGUUGGGCCAUGACCCUCCGCCCUUUUCUCUCCUUCUUCUUCCUAGAUACUCUCACCGACUGCUGCGGUUUUGAUUCAACACUGCGAAGGCAUUUCAACAUCCCAACCUCAUUCUAAUUGCAAUGAGAGAGUAUCAUGGCUUCUCUUGGUGGUAACAUUUUACCCCCUGAUCCUCACGCCAAAAUCUACCUUGCUGGAAUAGCUGUUGUCUUAUUAGUAGGCAUAUGCUACUCUACAAAAAUAUUGAAGAAACCAAAGGACGAUGAGAAUCCUACUCUCUUACAGUCCCUGUGGCUAUUCUUCUACACAUGCUUCCUCAAACCGCACGACGGUAACAGCAAUGGCAACCAGCAGGAUGCCCUUGAGAGCUUCUACAAGAAGCAGGCUGGCGCGUAUGAUGCGACGAGGAAAGCCCUGUUAAAAGGCCGAGAGGACAUGCUCGCCCUUGCAGCGGCUCAGCUCUCUUACAGGGCGAAAAUUAGUGACGAGAAGAAGAGACGUGUUUGGGUUGAUGUUGGUGGGGGAACUGGCUGGAACAUCGAAACUAUGUCCAGAUAUGUCGAUGUGGCCAAGUUCUUCGACAGUGUCUACCUCGUUGACUUCUCCCCUUCGCUCUGCGAGGUUGCUCGCAAGCGCUUUGCAAGACUCGGGUGGAAUAAUGUGAAGGUCAUCUGCCAGGAUGCGAGGAAAUUCCGCUUGGAGGACCAUGAACCGUCCUGUCAGGCUAGACGUGCUUCUGGAUCUCCGAUUCGGAGUUACAUCUAUCAGGAAAAACCUCGACAUGGCGGUGCCGACUUGAUCACGAUGUCCUACAGCUUGUCCAUGAUCCCCGACUAUUAUUCUGUCGUUGAUUCCCUGAGAUCGCUGUUGAGCCCCAAUGGCAUUGUCGGUGUGGUAGAUUUCUAUGUCCAGUCUCAAGUUGAUGUCAGCUUCCGAAACUAUACCGGCGGUCUCGUUAACCGUCACGUCAAUUUUUUCGGAAGGACAUUCUGGCGUGCCUGGUUUGACAUCGACCGCGUUGCUCUGGAGCCCGGGCGACGUGACUACCUCGAGUACUCCUUCGGUACUGUCCUAAACGUGAACAAACGCAACUAUGUUCUCGGCGCUAUCCCUUAUUAUAUCUGGUUAGGAGCUCAUAAACAACCCCUGUCUUCUAACCUUUCGCACGAAAUUGUUGAGAAGGUUGACGCAUUGGUCACCGAGUCUCCUUAUCUUCGACCUGCCAAUCACUCGGCCGCUCUGUCUCGCGCAGUUGAAAGAGCUGCGCCAGAGAUCCGAUCCAAAGCUUUCGAUGCUGCAAUUGUCAAUCUCUCCUCCAACCUUCCUCUUCCCUCAUUCUUCUACCAGAACCACCACUAUCGGAUCUACUAUGAUGAUCAGCUGAAGAAGCAUACUCAAUUCAAUGACGAGUACAUCUAUGCCUUCACCUGGGAAGACACUCGAGUCGACGAGCGCAUCCUAAAGCUAAAAUCAGACGAUGUAGUCCUCGCCAUCACCAGUGCUGGAGACAACCUUCUUUCUUACGCACUUCAGAGCCCGGCUAGAAUCCAUGCUGUCGAUCUUAAUCCCACACAGAAUCACCUUCUCGAGCUCAAGGUGGCCGCAUUUUCAUCUCUUCCCUACGAAGACUUCUGGAAGAUAUUCGGUGACGGCAAACAUCCCGAGUUUCGCUCUUUACUCAUUUCGAAGAUGUCUCCUCACCUGUCCAGUCGCGCGUUCCAGUACUGGCUCAACAAUGAUCACAUCUUCACCCGAUCUAAGGGAGGCCUGUAUGAUACUGGCGGAUCAAAGCAUGGAAUUCGUAUCUUCCGUUGGAUCUCUCGUGUUUUUGGAUGUCGAUCUGCCGUCAAGAAAAUGAUUGCUGCAAAGACCCUGAACGAGCAGCGUGAAAUAUGGCUUGGCAAGGUCCGACCAGCACUUCUUUCACGUCUCGUGUCCAAGUUCGUCGUCAGUCAGGAAGCAUUCCUAUGGACGGCACUCGGCGUACCAAAAAACCAGCUGGCGAUAAUUGAAGAGGACCACGCCGUGUCGGACGCGGUAUGUGGCCCCGAAGCGCGGGCCAAGAAUACACGAUCGCAUGCUAUCUGGGAAUAUAUGGUCAACACUCUCGAUCCGAUGGUGGAGUCGACACAUAUCGCGGCCGACAACCCUUACUACCUGGUAUGUCUCGACGGGAAAUUUAGUCGGAGUUGUCACCCGGACUACCUCUCACCACAAGCACAUGCGAAACUCUCACGGCCGGGGGCAUUUGAGGGGCUGCGCAUUCACACAGAUGAAAUUGAUGAGGUACUCGCACGUAUCGCGCCCGGCACUUUAACGGUAGCCGUCGUCAUGGACAGCAUGGACUGGUUUGACCCUGGAUCCGACGCCGCUGCGGCUCAGAUCACUAAGCUUAACCGCGCGCUGCGUAUGGGCGGGCGCGUUAUGCUGCGCUCGGCGGGCCUACGUCCGUGGUAUCUUGAUGAGUUUGAGCGACACGGAUUUGUGGCUAAGUGUCAUGGCGAUCGGUCAGGCGGCAAGUGCAUCGAUCGUGUUAACAUGUACGCCAGUUGCUGGAUCUGCACUAAGCGCGAGGACGUUGCUCUGCCUACUCCUGAAGCAGAGUCAUUGCUCGGACCUGAGAUCUCGACUUUGCAGAUUUAAAGAGGUGGAGUUAAAGAAGGAUUGGCGAUGAACAUAAAAGCGAAAGCACACGAGGAAUGAAA